AUGUGGUUUACAACGAGACAAGACGGUCUUGAUGAUAAUUGUCACACAAACAGAGGCCCCUGUUUUCAAAUUAGCGGCUUUUUUGGAUCAACAUUAAGAAUAGGUUUUUUUUUAGAGUUUGUAGCAUUAACCUUUUUAUUUAUGUCCUAUUGGUCAAAUGGAGGAAAGGGAUUAUUUAGUUAUGAUUUAAAAAAUAUAAGUGAUGAUUAUAGAAUGGAUCAAUCAUUCAGAAAUUCUAUGGCAUUUUGGACUGGUAUUUAUUUAAUUGGAGCAAUAUUUGUAAUGUCUUUUCAAGUCCUUCUUGCUGAUGACACAUGUUGGGCAAGAGGAUAUCGUGCUGGAUCCAAAAUUUUGAGAUUGGCUUCCUUUUUAGACACAAUAAGUGCAACAUUACAAUUUAUUUUUUAUUUAUAUAUUUCAAAAUUUUAUACAAAAAAAUGGUAUUUACACUUUAACGAAGGAGGAAGUGAAUGGGUCUUUUUUAUUUUUGUCAGAUUAGUUCAUGCAUUUUCUUGUUUAUUAUAUGGUCUUGCUUGCUAUUUAUUAGAAGUUUAUCACGAUGAAGGUGCAGGAGAUUUGCAUGCAUAUAUAAAUGGCAUAAUGUUUGCCUUUGCUGGAUUAACAGAAAUAUUUGUUAUAUUCUGUAACUCGGGAAGCUACUCAAACUUCUUGCUAUGGUUAGCCUUAGGAGCCGUCUCUUUGUGGUCUUACUACUUUGAGCCAGAAGUCAAUCAUGUAUCCCCAGCCUUACAUGAAACAGAAUUAACAAACGAUGUUGAACAACAAGUUGAGAAAUUUUCAAGAUAUACUCCAUAUCCACAAGAUACCCAAAAUGCAUAUUAUCCAGCUUAA